AUGAAUACACACAGGGGUGAAGCCAGAGGUGUGUUUGGCAGUAGCUGUCUUGGUGGAUUCAUAGACCCAACUGAUGGGUAUAGUUCUCCUGGAUAUAGAGAUGAGAAUGACAACGCUCAGAAAUGGCAUUGUGUGGACUGCAGUACAGCUGAGUCUAUUUGGGCUUGUCUUAGCUGUUCCCAUGUGGCCUGUGGAAGAUACGUUGAAGAACAUGCACUCAAGCACUUUCAAGAAAGCAGUCAUCCUGUUGCAUUGGAGGUGAACGAGGUGUAUGUUUUUUGUUACCUUUGUGAUGAUUAUGUUCUUAAUGAUAAUGCAAUUGGAGACCUGAAGUUACUACGAAGUACAUUAAGUGCAAUCAAAAGUCAAAAUGAUCACUGCACCACUCGUAGUGGAAGGGUUUUACGGUCUAUGGGUACAAGUGAUGAUUCUUAUUUCUUACAUGAUGGCACCCAAUCUCUGCUUCAAAAUGAAGAUCAAAUGUAUACUGCUCUUUGGCACAGGAGAAGGAUACUAAUGGGUAAAAUCUUUCGAACUUGGUUUGAACAGUCACCCACUGGAAGAAAAAGGCAAGAACAAUUUCAGCAAAAAAUAGCAAAAAGAGAAGUGAAGAAAAGACGGAAACUUAUCAGGCAGGUUCUGCAUGUUGUAAAUAACAUCUUUCACGGACAACUUCUUAGUCAGGUUACAUGUCUUGCAUGUGACAACAAAUCAAACACCAUAGAACCUUUCUGGGACUUGUCACUGGAAUUUCCAGAAAGAUACCAAUGCAGUGGAAAAGAUAUUGCUUCCCAGCCAUGUCUGGUUACUGAAAUGUUGGCCAAAUUCACAGAAACCGAAGCUUUAGAAGGAAAAAUCUACGUAUGUGACCAGUGUAAUUCAAAGCGUAGAAGGUUCUCCUCAAAACCAGUUGUACUCACAGAAGCCCAGAAACAGCUUAUGAUUUGCCACCUACCUCAGGUUCUCAGACUACAUCUCAAACGAUUCAGGUGGUCAGGACUUAACAACCGAGAGAAGAUUGGUGUUCAUGUUGGCUUUGAAGAAAUCUUAAACGUGGAGCCCUAUUGCUGCAGGAAGUCCCUGAAAUCCCUCAGACCAGAAUGUUUUCUCUAUGAUUUAUCUGCUGUAGUAAUGCACCACGGGAAAGGAUUUGGCUCAGGACACUACACUGCCCACUGUUAUAAUUCCGAAGGAGGGUUCUGGGUACACUGCAAUGAUUCCAAGCUAAGCAUGUGCCCUAUGGAUGAAGUAUGCAACGCCCAAGCUUAUAUCUUGUUUCAUACCCAGCGAGUUACUGAGAAUGGACAUUCUAAACUCUUGCCUCCAGAACUCCUGUCUGGUAGCCAGCAUCCCAAUGAAGAAGCUGAUGCCUCUUCUAAUGAAAUCCUUAGCUGAUCCAAAGACAGUGGGGCUUUC